ACGCAGUGAGAACAUGCCCUUCAAAACGAAUGCAGAUAUGAUAGGUAAUGCUUGGAGAGCAAGUCUCACCAAACCGGAGAACAGAGCCGCGUUCGGCGGGUCUACGUCAUAUUUGAAAUUUUGUUUGGGCAAUCGAUCGAGUUAUAUCAACAACGCGUUUGAUUUUUGCUGUUUAUAAUCAAAGUCGGGCGAUCGACCAAGUGAUAAAAUGUGUAUAUAAAGGUCAUGGGACAGGAGAAAUGGAAGCAAGUUGACGAUGAAAAAACAGAACGUGGAUAAUCCUCCAUCCUCACUCGGAAGCUCCACCCAUCCCGGCACCAAACAAAUCGGGAUGGGAGGAGAAGAAUUGAAUCAAGUCAAAACAGAGGUGAGCCGUUCCAAAUUGCUCCGGAAAAAGCAGCGGAACCUUGAGACCGAAAAGAUUCUGAAGAAAAUGAAGAAGAUUAUCAAGAAGAGUAUGGUGGAGAAACUGGUGCUGAUGAGGGCAGAGGCAAGUAGCUUGAGAGUGGAAAUGGUAGAAAUGGAGGCUGCUGGUGAACAGAAGGAAGAAAAGGUAAAAUUCGAGAAGGAAAAACGUGAUGGGGCUUUUGCUGAAGUGCUACUAAUGUCAAUAACAGAGCUUGCCCUCCUGAAGGUUUUGUUCCCGCCGAAAGAAGAGAAUGACUAAAUCGAAAGUUUGCAAUCGUUCUUUUGGCUGUUCCUGCUUCUGCUGUUUUUAGUGUGUCUUUUGUCUCCUUUUUUUUUUUUUUUUUAGCAACAUGUUGUGGUUGUUUACAGCAUAAGCUUUGUUUGGAAGUGUUUGGCCUUGUUUGAAUCGUUGCUUCCGUUUAAUACACGGGACAUUUCUUUGAUAAGGAAAUAACUUGUAGUAUUUUACACCCAGAAAUCUCUUUCUUCGUUUUUCACUGUCCUAAAUUUGUAUUUGUACCAUUCAACUUGAAGUGUCAAAUUUGUGUCUCACUGUGCUCUAUUAUUCACUACAAUUUAUUCUCUCCAAUUUUUAAUAUAUAGUUAAUUUUCUA